GGAGUUGGUGGAUUUGUUUUUGGAAAUGAAAAUUCUGCUUCAAAUGAAGAUAGCUAUGUUGAACGCUAUCUCGAUCGUAUAAACAAUGGUGUACUGGUGGAGGAUAGGCGGGCUGCUAUUACCGAACUUCAGUCGCUUGUAGCAGAAAGUCGUUCAGCUCAGAUGGCAUUUGGGGCAACAGGAUUUCCAAUACUUCUAAAUGUUUUAAAGGAAGAACGUGAUGAUGUUGAAAUGGUUCGAGGCGCCCUAGAAACUCUUGUAAGUGCUUUAACUCCUAUAGGUACAACAGAUGGGCUGAAAAAUGAGGUCCAACCAGCAUCUAUGAACUCCGACCUGCUUUCUCGAGAAUCAGAGAGCAUCUCUCUUCUUCUAAGUUUGCUGUCAGAGGAUGACUUCUAUAUCCGGUACUAUACUCUUCAGCUUCUAACUGCCCUUCUUACACAUUCCCCUAAUAGGUUACAGGAAGCGAUUCUUUCCACUCCUCGUGGUAUAACUCGGCUGAUGGAUAUGCUUAUGGAUCGCGAGGUUAUAAGAAACGAAGCCUUAUUACUUCUUACUUAUUUGACUCGUGAGGCUGAGGAAAUCCAAAAAAUCGUAGUUUUUGAGGGUGCAUUUGAGAAGAUAUUUAGCAUUAUUAAAGAGGAAGGAGGUUCCGAUGGUGGUGUCGUAGUUCAGGAUUGUCUUGAAUUGCUGAAUAAUCUCAUUCGCAACAAUGCAUCCAAUCAGAUUUUGCUGAAGGAAACUAUCGGCUUUGAACCUUUAGUAUCAAUACUGAGGCUUCGCAGAGGCAGUGCUUACAAUUUUACUCAACAGAAGACGGUAAAUCUACUCAAUGCAUUGGAAACUGUUGAGUUGCUUCUGACAGGAGGUCCUCCAGGUGAGCUAGGAAAAGAUGCUAAUAGGCUAUCCAGUCAAACUGCAUUAGCACAGAAGAAAAUUUUGGACCAUCUCUUAUUGUUGGGUGUCGAGAGUCAAUGGGCUGCGGUUGCUGUUCGCUGCUUGGCAUUGCGAUGUAUUGGUGAUUUGGUCACAAGAAAUCCUCAUAAUCUUGAUUCUCUUGCAAGUAAAUUAGUUGGAGAAGAGCCUCAUGUUGAACCUGCCUUGAAUGCUAUAUUCCGUAUUGCUUUGCGUGCCUCUACUAUACAGGAAUUUCUAGCAGCCGAUUAUGUCUUCAAGCGCUUUUGUGAGAAAAAUACUGAUGGCCAAGCAAUGUUAGCAUCAACAUUGACUCCUCCACCAAAUUCAACAAGCCAUACCAUUCCAGAAGCCAUUGGCAGCAUGACAUUUGGAAGUAUGUUUAUACAAGCUUUGGUAUCAACUGAGGCUAAUGGAGAAUUUGAGACAUGCUCAAGAGCUGCUAGCAUUCUCUCUCAUGUUCUGAAGGACAAUGUCCAGUGCAAGGAACGUGUUUUGCGUAUCGAGCUUGAGGCACCAGUGCCAUCAUUAGGCUCCUCAGAGCCACUCUUGCACCGGAUUGUGAAGUAUUUGGCUCUUGCAGCCUCAACAAAAAGUAAACAUAACAACCAAAGUAGCAUUACUCCAGCUGAAGAUUCAUAUAUCCAGCCACUUAUUCUCCAGUUACUGAUCUCUUGGCUGGAAGAUUGUCCAAAUGCCAUUAGCUGCUUUUUAGAUUCACCAGCACACCUCACAUUUUUGCUUGAACUAGUUUCAAGUCCACAUGCCAGUGUCUAUGUGCAUGGAUUGGCUGCUAUUGUUUUAGGAGAAUGUAUUCUUUACAACAAAUGCAGUGAGAACAACAGGGAUGCCUUUGCUGUGGUUGAUGCUAUAAGUCAAAAGAUUGGUCUCACCUCAUAUUUUUUGAAGUUUGAUGAGUUGCAGAAGAACUUCGUGUCCCUUUCUACAUCUGUCGAGCAUCGUAAGCCUCUUACAAGAUCUAUUACGGCUAGUAUGGCAGAGACCGGAGAGAUUGAGGAUAAUGAAACAAGUCAGAAGCAUGAGCAUCCAAUCCUUGUAGAGAUUUUUGACCCACAGUUUGUUGGUUUCAUUAAAAAGCUUGAAGCAUGUAUUAGAGAAAGCAUCAUGAACAUUUUCAGCCGUACGAAAAACAAGGUCACUGUACUGCCAGCUGAGCUGGAGCAGAAGAGUGGAGAGACUGAUGGAGAUUACAUAAAGCGGCUUAAGUCAUUUGUGGAGAAGCAAUGCAAUGAGAUGCAGGAUCUGCUAGGUCGCAACACUACUUUAGCUGAGGAAUUGGUGAGGUCUGGAAGCAGUGGGACAUUUGAUCCUGCUCAGAAACCAAGCAGUGGUAGAGAGAGACUUCAAUCUGAAACACUUCGUCAGGAUCUUCAGGAAGCAGCACGACGCAUAGAAAUGCUCAAAUCUGAGAAGGCUAAGAUCGAGGCUGAGGCUAGCAAUUACCGAAACUUGGCUUCAAAACUAGAAGCUGAUCUGAAGAGCCUUUCAGAUGCUUAUAACAGUCUAGAACAGGCCAACUUAAGCUUGGAAGCGGAGGUGAAAGCUUUGAGGAAGGCAGGAAACGUGCCAUAUCCGGAUGUGGAAGCAAUAAGGGCCGAGGCAAAGCAGGAAGCCGAGAAGGAGAGUGAAGCUGAACUAAAUGAUCUGCUUGUUUGCCUGGGCCAGGAGCAAAGUAAGGUGGAGAAGCUGAGCUCAAGGUUGAUUGAGUUGGGUGAGGAUGUAGACUCACUCCUUGAAGGGAUAGGGGAUGAUGCAGGGCUGCAGGAUGAAGAUGAUGAUGAAAAUUGAGGUUUUAUAUCCAAAUUUGUUGGAUUAUCUCUAGUCCUGCCCAUUGCAUUUGAUUGCGAUGAUCACUGAAUCCCUGGCUUGGAGAUGCUUUGGGGUGUUUCAAUUGUACAGUGUACAAUAGAUAACAGCCAUAAGUAUGUUAAUUCAAGUCAAUGGAGGACUAUAGAACCAAUGUCAGUUUUGAUUUCUUUUCAAAUGUUUUUGGUAGCAUUUCUACUGCUUCUGAUGGGGCAAAUUACCUAGAUUUUGGGGAAUCUAUGAUCUAAGUCUCAUCUUAGGGUGGUGUGGAUUCUCCUUUAGACAAUGGGGAGGGUGCAGACAUUGGUUUCUUGCUGGAUGCUGAGUAUCAAAACUCUGAUUUAAGCUCCAUGCAAAUGGUGUUAGGCAGCUUGUCUGUUUCUUUUAGUAAGUCUAUAUUCGGAAUAUUGUGGGGAAAAA